CAACUUGAGUGAAUUUUGGGUGAGGCGGAGGGCAGUGUCGUUUUUAAAUAGCUAUUGCUUGUUAUUUUGGUCGUCUGUUUGUGUAUCUGUGUGGCUUUUUAAAUUAACGAUAUUACUCGCAACAUUCAGCAAUUUCUUUAACGCGCCACCAGAGGUCUUCUCGCGGAACACCGCGGAGUUUGACAGUGGGGAGGAACUUCUGUGUUUUUUCAAUGCACCUCUGAAGUGAAGCGAAGCAAUGCUGUUAUUUGAAUGAAUAACGAUCGUUUAUCGACUGAGAUGUUCCCCGGAGUGGUGUAUGCGUUGCUGGCAGGCUUUCUUGGAGCUGUUGCCUCUUCCUCCGCCAAGCUGUCACUUGGUGCGGAUUAUCUCAAAGGUGUUUGUGAAACUGGUCUGAAAAACUGGAGAGGGGAAGAGUGGAUAUUCCAGCUUGACAACGAAAGUGCUCCUUGCGACUGGCUGCACAUUCCCCUGCGGCUGAUGUGCGGAGGGAUGCUGUUCACCUGUAAUGCGGUCAUGUGGACCUUCUUCGCCAAAGCUCUCCGACUCUCCUCCUCCUCCGCCCAGGCCACUGUGACCACCACUGCCUCCAACUUCAUAUCCUCGGCAUUCCUUGGGAGGCUGAUCUUCGGAGAGACCCAUGCUGCACUAUGGUGGGUGGGCAUCUCACUCACUCUGUCUGGGCUACUCAUCCUGCACGGCUCCGCAAACCAGGAGUCCGAGCCAGCUGUGGCCAAGAAAACCCAAUGAGACUGUCUUGUCUUAUAUAUUGUGUGUGUGACGGGUCGGGCACUGCAUCUGUAAGUCUGUGUGCUGUAAAGGUCUCUUUAGACUCCUCCUGCAACUGCAGGAGACGUGCUGUCACGGGCAGGCCAGCGGCAGAUUACGGACAAUUCAGGGGUGCGUUUCUCAAAAGCGAAGUUUUUAGCCAGCUAGCAACGUGGGUAGUUGCCAAUGGGAAACUGCAUUGAAAACAACAAAGUAGCUAACAUAGUUAGAACUACGGUUUUGAGAAAUUCACCCCAGCCAGGGAGUAGUAUACAUUCAGCACUGCAAGGGGUCGUUUCAGCUCUGAAGAGGGGGGCGUGGUGUCUGUUUGGGUACGUGAUCUGCCGCCACCCCCUCUGACAGUACGACUCCUGCAGCUGCAGGAGGAGUCUAAACCAGGCUUUAGGCAGAUGACAAGAGCAAUGAGUGAGUGUGUAUGGAAAGUAACGUGAUGGAAUGUGGUACUCUUCAACAGGAUGAAUAUGACUGUCUUAAAGGGGCAUGCCACUAUUUUGGGGCUUAAUACAGUUAAAAUCGUUGGCCAGGGUUUAUAUAGGUGGUAAAGUGUCUUAUUUUUCAUGUAAGCCGUUGUCUUGUUUUAAGGCAAGUUAAAAGAGGGAGCAUGUC